CUUCUCCUCAACAGUGACUACAAAGAGUAUCAUACUGACACGACGGUGAGGUUUGUGGUGAAAAUGACGCCAGAGAAGUUGCGCGAAGCAGAGGCCACUGGAUUGCACAAAUUUUUCAAGCUCACAGCUCAAUUGUCAACCAACAAUAUGGUUGCAUUUGAUCAUCUGGGGUGCUUGAAGCUCUAUGAAAACGUGUCGGUGUUACUUCGGGACUUUUUUGAUGUGCGACUGCAGUGGUAUGAAAAACGUAAAUCUUACCUAGAAGGAAUGUUGGCUGCGGAAGCUCGUAAAUUGGAGAAUCAAGCGCGAUUUGUAUUGGAGAAAAUUGAAGGCCUGAUGAGCAUUGAGAACAAGCCACGCAAAGAACUAAUUCGCAUGCUGCAAGCUGCGCGUUACGACUCUGAUCCCGUGCGUGCCUGGAAAGAGUGUUUGGAUAAACUAGCCAGUAUCGAGGAAGAACUGGAAGAGGACGGUGAAGGAACCGGUGGAUCUGAUGAGGCUAGUGGAAGUGGCCCUGAUUAUAAUUAUAUUUUGAACAUGCCCCUGUGGAGUUUAUCCAAGGAACGCAAAGAUGACCUACUUGCCCAGCGCGAUGCGAAACAGGCGGAGUUGCGUACUUUGCGUGCAAAAACUGCGUCAAUGCUGUGGCGUGAGGAUCUACACAACUUGGAGGAAGCAUACAAGAAAUACGAAUCGGAUAUGGCUGCGGAGGACCGUGCACUCACAGAGCGGAUGGAACGUAAGACCAACAAGGCAGCUAGUUCAGGCUCUGGCCGUUCAGCUGCGAUGAAACCAUCAAAGCGUGGCCGUGAAACACUCCCUGAUCCAAUGGCCCGGCGUGUAGCACCAACUGCUGAUCCGGAAUUGCUAAAAAAACUGGAGGUCGAUCGUAGAAGACGUCAAAAACGAAUGGAGACAGCAGCUGACGGUGGUUUGGACGUCAGCUUUGACGGGGAUUUGGAUGAAGACACACAAGACCCUGAAUUUGGUGGACAGCCUAAGCCUUUGCUUCAACGGUUGGCCUCUGGGGGAACUAAUGCCCAAGCAUUGGCGUCAGGGGGUUCCACAAUUGUCGUGGGUCGCGGUCGCGGUCGUGGUCGGGGCACGAGCCACACAAUUAUUCGGAAACCUGGCGAACCGGGUUCAAGUCCGGCUAAGAAACGCCAGCCUAAAGUUGGUGGAAAGCGCAAAGCCGGUCGUGCUCGGGGCUCAGAUAGUGAUACGGACACCGUUUUAUCGAUGUCAGAUGACAGUGACGCAUUCGAAGCGCGUAUCACAUCAGACUCUCCAGUACGCGAGCGUGCCCACCGCGCAAAGAGCGCGAAUGUGAAAUACAACUUUGACGACAGUGAUGAUGACGAAGUUGGCUCUGCCCAGGAUGAUUCAGAGAGCAACUUCAAGAUAAUUGACCAUGGUCAAGGUUCUAAAACGCUGGAGUUGCCAACUGCUCCCCCACCGCCAUCAGCCGGAGCACCGACCGAGACACAGUAG